AUGGCGGACUCUCACAGCGGCGCAACAGCUAAUGGUCAAACAGAUCGAGCAGAGGAAACAACCGAAAAGGUAGUCGGACCAGAAGGGGAGAGUAGUAAAAUGCCACCCAGUCCACGACUACCAAGAAGUGUAUCUGCAAGUCCAGAACCGAGAAGAAAUUCAACGUCGAGAAGAACUUCGAUAAGUUCCCGUUCUGGCACACCACAACCGUUGAGGAGGAUGUCUGUAAUGGGAUCAACAAAUGACGUUUUCAACGUUACUCAUAAAAUUUCCCAAGUAGGCCCACCACAACCAUUGAGGAAGAUGUCUGUAGUGGGAGCGACAUAUGAUAUUACUGGUAUUACUAAUACAGUUUCGCAGCAAAGAAAACGGAGCACAGCAUCGAACGGCACAUCGUCACCGACAAAAGCUGAGCCACCAGAUACGAUCCCGCCGAAGGCCUCACCGAGAACCAGUCAAUCGUCUACCGGGUUACCGGCAGCACUCCAUUUAUCAAAAGUCGAGUCACAAACGACAUCUUCACCAAGGGCAACACCAAGAACAAGUAAUUCCUCGUCUUCUUCGCCGCCGGCAGAUUCACCAAACAGGUCUGGAAAGUACACAUCGAUCGACCUCGAAAAUGAUUUGCCGGACAUCUACAGGACGCAGCUGAAUCCGGAUCUCGAGGAUCCUGAUAUGAGCGAGUUCUUCUCACGACCACCUCCGUUCUUCAAAAACGCCCCACCAAUCUAUUACAGUCGAAAAGGUAUAUUAGAAGUUCUAUACAAUUUCUGA